GCGGUCGCGUAACGCCUGCCUACACACACAACGUACUUUUCCUUAACCUACCAUUCUGCAUUCGCCAUGGAAGUCCGCCAAGCUGACACGACUGAUGCCGCAAUGUCUUCCCUUGGGCUUGGGAAAGGAGACAGCGUGCCAUACCCUGUCACGGAUGAAGUCGAGCACAUCGAGGCGAACAAGCAAGUGGCUCAAGCUGCAGCCGAAGAAGAGCGUCAACGUCGCAUGGAUGAAGUCCGCUGCCUCGAGAGCGAAAGCGCGAUUGUCCGCGAAAUCAACAUUGAAUAUGCAAUUGCAGCCAUGGAAACCGAGCGUACUCGCCGCGUGAGCCAGCACAACCUCGCCAGCGUGCACAACGAAUUGCUUCGGGAAAAGUCGAAAAAGGAGGUCCACCAACUUGUCGAAGAAGAGCGCGGCCGUCGCAUGAGUCAAGGCAACUUGGCGGCGGUGCACGACGAAAUCCAUCGCGAACAAGCCAAGCAGGUUGCUGUGAUGCAAAUGGAGCAAGAACGCUCUCGUCGGAUGAGCGAAGGCAUGAUCGCUCAGGUGCACACCGAGCUGCUUCGUGUGCAAUCCAAGCGUGCCGUGGUGGAGGCCAUGGAAGCCGAGCGCACGCAUCGCAUGAGUCAGGACGCGAUUGCCGAGGUGCACACCCAUUUGCUCCGGCGAAACUCGAUCGACAAAGUCGUCGAGUUGGCCGAACACGAACGCUCUCGUCGUGUGCAAGAACUCGGGGACCAAGUUGUGGCCAACCAAUCCCUUCGCUUGGCAGGGCAAGCAGCGGCGGUGGAAGCGGCGGAAUCCGAGCGUCGACGGCGCCUGAGCUCGAUUGAGCACGUCACCACGAUGGCGGGCAUCUCUGCGGUCGAGGGCAGUGUGGCCCCCGUGGACAUGAAGAAGGAGGAGGAAGUCGCUUCCAUGGACAUGUCGGCACCUGUAGUAGCCAUGUCGUACCCCGACCUGCCGGUGGCGUCGGCCACCCCCGACGUCGAGCAAAAGGCACUGCACGAUUUGACUGUCGCGCUGGCGGACGUGGUCCCGUUGCCGACUAACUCAAAUCACAACGACGACGACGUGUCCAAGCUGCAACGCAUUCGACUCUUGCGGUUCCUACGGGGCCAUAAAGGCAAUGUCGAGGUCGCGGCGGCCAAGUACCGAGCCAAUUUGGUCGUACGACAAGAGCACAACCUCGACACGAUUCGGGACAACAUUCUAUUGGGCCACAUCAUGACCGAGCUCGAUUUCCCCCACAACGACAAAAUUCGGCGCUACGUACCAGUUGUGGCCGCAUACGACGUCCAAGACGACCAGCACAACGUGUUUGUGUUUGAAAAGCUUGGCGCGGUCGACGUACACGGGCUCGUGGUCAACGUGAGCGACGCCGAGUGGCUCGCGUUCACCCUCCACGAGCUCGAGUUCCGGUCGCUGGCGCUGGACAGACGCAGCUUGGAGCAGGGCCGUCUCGUCCGGUUCACGGUGCUGCGGGACCUCGACGGGUUCUCGCUCGCCCGGCUCACGCGUCCGGCACUCGCGCGGCUGCAGCGCACGGUCGCGCUCGCGUCGACAUGUUAUCCCGAAUACAUCCACAAAAGCGUGUUUAUCAACACCCCUGUACAUUCUCCUUUUGGGCUAUCAACUUCGACGACUAGUAUGUAGCUAAUUUACGGCGUAGUGGAUGUUUCACACGGCGUGGAAAGGCAUCCAGUUGUGGCUCGACGACGCCCAGCGCCAGAAGAUGAUCUUCUUGAAGCGCGGCGACGCCUCCGGCACCCUCGACAAGAUUUGCCCCCCCGCGAGUCGCCCCCUUCUCUUUGGCGGAACCAACCACCGCAUCGACCUCCCCGCCACGGGCCUCCUUGGGAAGGACUCGUACGCGAUGUUGCGUGAAAACGGUACCGUUCUGUGCUUUCCAUCCUUUUGACUUGCUUUACGUUGGAGGAUUAGGCGCGACGGAAGCCGAGAUCCGAGCCCGCGGUACCCUCACAGUGCCCUUCCGUGUCAAUGCCAACGACACAUUGUGCUGGGAGUUUUGUGUUCAACAGUACGACGUGGACUUUCUCGUCAAGUUCCGCACCCAGGGAGAUGGCGGCGCCGUGGAAUUGAACGUCGACGGAUGGGACAAGGCGCGAUUCGUGCACGGCCAAGUGGAGGCGGCGAGCUGGACCGCGCCGUCGGCUGGCGUCGCCGUGCUCUGCUGGGACAACUCGUUCUCGUGGACCCGAGGCAAAACGCUGUGCUACAAGGCGAGUGUGGCGAAACUCACCGUCUUGACCAACGACGUGGCGGACGACGCCGCCGCCUUGGACUUGUCUGGUCACACUUCGCUUUAACAAAACAUGGGCAACGAACCGCUAGAAGCUGAUGACGUUGGAGACUUUACACAUUUGAACGAGUAACACGUGCACAUUCCACCUACUUUGCACGCCCUUGAGUGGGCUUAGUGUUAGUGUGUACGACUAUUAAUAGUAACUACAUUGCACA